AUGUUUCAAGGCAAGCCUAGAGAUCCUCGCUUCAAACCUGGCGACUUCGUGCACGCAUCUGCAGUUCCAAUCGUUCGGCCUUCCAAGUCGUCCAGCAUCAAUCCUGUCCAGCACUCCAGUCCGUUUGCCACAACCUCAAACCACCCAAGCCGACCGGAAGGAUCGUUCGAGAAUGGCCUCACGCUGCCCCCGACCACUCUGUAUCGAGUUGCGAAGGUAAAGCAAUCUACCACCGACGCCAGCCUUCACGGAUAUGUGCUUCAGCCUGCUGAGCAGGAAAGAUUUACCUUCAAUGUCACGGAAGAGCAAUUGAUUGCAACCACACCUUUCAACAUCGGUGACAUUGUGAGAAGGAAGACGGACCCUACUGCCAGAGAUAUGUGGAAGGUCAAGGGAAGGGGUGUCAGGCUCGUGGGUGAGACACAGAAGCCAAAAUCAGGGCUCACUGCGCCAAUGCUUACUACUGAUCGUGCACGAAGAGGUGCUUCGGAGGCACCGCCAACACUAUACGAAUCUAUCAAGGCCAAUAUGGACCAACCUGUUUUUGUGGCCACUGUACUGGUCGAGGACGAGCUUGAGUUGCCCAAAGAGAUGGAUGCUGAGGAUUUGGUUGUUGUCAAUGAUGAGCAGAAGAGGAAGUGGUUUUCGGGUUGA